GGCUCGCGCUGUCCUCGCCAGCACGCGCUCCGCCAAACACCGUCCGCUUUCCCCGUAUUCACAUCAGCUGCAUCGCGAGCACGGAGAGACGCAGGAAUCACAAACCCUCCAGAGUAACAACCAGAACGUCAACAGCGCCUAUACAAUGUCUUACCAAGGCAAAAAGAAUAUUCCGAAGAUCACAAGUGAUAGGCUUCUGAUUAAAGGAGGCCGAAUUGUGAAUGAUGACCAGUCUUUCUGUGCAGAUAUCUACAUGGAGGAUGGCCUCAUUAAGCAAAUUGGAGAUAACCUCAUAGUCCCAGGAGGGGUGAAGACAAUUGAGGCUGAUGGGAAAAUGGUGAUCCCUGGAGGGAUUGACAUUCACACUCACUUCCAGAUGCCUUAUCGGGGUACCACCACUGUGGAUGAUUUUUGCCAGGGCACCAAGGCCGCUCUUGCGGGAGGAACUACAAUGAUUGUGGACCAUGUGAUCCCAGAACCUGGCAGCAGUCUGGUGGAGGCCUUUGAGCGUUGGAGGGAAUGGGCAGAUGAGAAGUCAUGCUGUGAUUACUCGCUCCAUGUGGAUAUCACACACUGGAACGACAGUGUGAGGCAGGAGGUGGAGAUUCUGCUGAAGGAGAAAGGAGUGAACUCCUUCCAGGUCUACAUGGCUUACAAAGAUCUCUAUCAGAUGAGCAACAGUGAGCUCUAUGAGAUCUUUACUUUCCUUGGGGAGUUGGGAGGAAUUGUGCAGGUCCAUGCAGAAAAUGGAGAGAUCAUUGCUGAGGAGCAGGCACGCAUGCUGGGAAUAGGAAUUACUGGGCCAGAAGGGCACGUGCUCAGCCGUCCAGAGGAGUUGGAAGCUGAAGCAGUGUUCCGAGCCGUCACCAUUGCCAGUCAAACCAACUGUCCUCUCUAUGUGACUCGUGUAAUGAGCAAAAGUGCAGCAGACAUCAUUUCACAGGCUAGGAAAAAAGGAAAUGUGGUAUUCGGUGAGCCAAUCACAGCAAGCCUGGGAACAGAUGGGACUCACUAUUGGAGCAAGAACUGGGCCAAGGCCGCCUCUUACGUGACUUCACCACCUCUCAGUCCAGAUCCCACUACCCCAGACUACCUAAACACAAUGUUGGCCAGUGGUGAUCUGAAUGUGACUGGCAGUGCUCACUGUACAUUCAGUGUGGCUCAGAAGGCCAUCGGGAAGGAUGACUUUACCCAGAUCCCUGAAGGAGUGAAUGGAGUGGAGGAGAGAAUGUCCCUCAUUUGGGACAAAGCUGUGGUUUCUGGUAAGAUGGACGAGAACUUGUUUGUAGCUGUGACAAGCACCAAUGCAGCAAAGAUCCUGAAUCUGUACCCACGCAAGGGCCGGAUAGCUGUAGGCUCUGACAGUGACCUGGUCAUCUGGGAUCCAGACCUAGUCAGGACAGUCACAGCAAAGACACACAAUUCGGCUGCGGAAUAUAAUGUGUUUGAGGGCAUGGAACUCCGUGGUGCUCCCAUGCUGGUCAUCUGCCAGGGCAAGAUCGUUCUGGAAGAUGGGAAGCUGCAGGCCACCUCUGGCUUGGGGCGCUUCAUCCCCUGCUCACCUUUCCCAGAUUUCGCCUAUAAGCGCAUCAAAGCCAGGAAACAGUUGGCAGUGUUAAGGGCAGUCCCACGGGGCAUGUAUGAUGGGCCUGUCUCAGACUUUACUCCCAUGUCCAGGGGAGGCACUCCCUCAGCUUCUACCCGCAGCUCUCCCACCAAGGCCCCCAUCAGGAACCUCCAUCAGUCUGGAUUUACUCUAGCAGGUCCGGAGGAAGCCCCUAUCAGGCCUGCUGGAAGGCGUAUUGUGGUACCCCCUGGUGGCCGGUCCAAUAUCACAUCCCUCAGUUAAAUAGACUGAGAGAAUGAAUCAUUAGAUCAAGAUUAAUUAAUCAGAAUGGGAGGACAUCAUUAGUCAGGGGAUAAAAUAAAGAAGAUAAGCAAAACAUGGAAUCCUCAUGCCUUACCUUUCAUAAAAACUUUACCCACUUUAAGCUUUAAAGAGAACAGUAGGCCUUCUCCCAGGAAAAGUUGGGUAUGCAGACAAAUCAGCAUUUAGAAAACAGAGAGACUGGUUUCACCUUACAUAAUUAGAAUAAUAACAGCUGCACUUCUGCUGAUGUCAUUUGACAAAUUUAAAUGUGCUGUAAGUGUUAGGAUAACAGGUGUGUGAAACCUUAGUCUCUAUUUUGCCCAUUCAAAUAUUUUGAAUUCUUUGAAAUCUCUUACUCUCAGUAUGCUUUCCUGGAGAGGGAUUGCUGCCUUGCUCAUAAUGAGGCGCUUGUCUUUUGUUGUUCAUCAUGUUAGACUUUUGUGACUUUAGACAUGGUUUGUCUGCAGUUCAUGUAAUACCUUUAGGUGUAGAUAAAUGCCAGUGUGAUCAUGGCAGAUAAUAAGCUUUGUGAAAAAGGUUGCUGUUGAUUUUUUGGUUACAUGAUCAGCAGCAAGGAUAAACAGAUAAACAGAGGUGGUAAUACAUUGUGAGCACUGCUUUUUGUAUCAUACAGAAUGUGAUCAUUUGUCAUGUGCUGUUCCUUGACAGUUUUCUCCCAAACACUGGCUGGAAAUUAACAUGAAAUUAAGCUUCA